AUGGAGGGCGUUGUCUCAGGCGAGGGUCUGCGGACCCUCAUGAAUUCAGGAGUUUUCAGAACAUCCCCGUCCUGCUCUCGUGGUCUCUCCUUCCCGUUCGUAUGCUCUGCUUCCCACCCUUUAGGAGAAGAUGUUCUUCCUUCUUCUCGGAACACGCCACGUUUCUUGUAUCAGGCGACUUGUCGACGGCCUGCCGUUGCAGCCCCGGGAAAUAUCUUCACUUCGGGAAACCAUUUCUCUCCUGCUUCUAGCGGUGAUUCUUCUUCUAUCUCCGCUGGAAUGUUUGCUCAACUGUGUCAGAGGCGGUUUGUGCGACCGAACCAAGGGAGGAAUGAUUAUAACCAAGUGGGUGGAAAGAAGAGAGGCCAGGGCGUCCAGGUGCUUCCGGAAACAAUUCGACUUCUGAUCGAGACGAGAAAAGCCGCUACAGCUGGCGGUCCUGUAGGCCGUCAACCGCUUCCAAAAGCGACUGAAGCAACCGGCGUAUCGAGUUGGGGAAGGGACAGGCGGUUUCCCAUCACCGAGGCUCUUCGCCUACCCACCGUUGCAGAAGUGAACGCGCCAUGGGAACCUUAUGACGAAACAGCAAACAAACGGCGGUCUGGCUCGCGGCCUCUGUCGUCAUCUGUUGAUGGGUGCCAUGAAAAUCACGAUCCUUCUUCCGAUGGUGUUGCUCGGGGUCAAGAUCGUCUUGGACGACUAGACAAGGUGGUUCUUCAUUCCGGAGAUAUAUCGCGUUUGCGCGUCGAUGCGACAGUUGUCGGGGCGGUUCGGUCCUUCAAAACUGUUGGCGAUGGCCGAGGUUUCACGGGCUGUUCUGCUCUCCUCGAGGGUGCAGGGCCAUUUCUAUCUUCGUUCGUUUCUCAACAACGCCGACACCUCGGGGAGGAGUUACUCCAUACUCCCGUGCGCGGUGACCCCUCAAGUGCCCAGACAGUUGCGGCAGCCGCUGUUCGAGGGCUUCGCCGCGGGAUUCACCACUUUACCGCCUCCACGGUUCCCCUUCCUUUGCGUUCAUCGUCAACUGUGCCUUCCUUGGCGGAGGUCGAAGAAAUGCCGAUUAUGGAGCUUUCGCAACUAGCCGCUCGAGCUGCACUUUUGGGAAGCGCUCGUGGCGGAGGCACCAGGGGGUUCGGUCUAUCCUCGCAUCCCCAGACCCGGCGUUUGGAGGGCGUGUCGACUGCAUCAGGUGCCACUGAAGGAUCUGACGCUGCUUUGUCUUUCGCGAAUGAAGUAAGAGACCAGGCAACAGCGUCGCAGUUUCCCGCCCGCGACCUGAUCCAAACUCCCCUGGAUCCUUCUCAGUUAUCGCCUCCAGGAGCGGUUUUGAUCUCUCCAGGCUUCAACUUGCCUUCCAAUUUCCUCAUCCAUGUGGCGGAACCGAACGCAGUUCUGUCUAACCAGCAAAUGCUCGACACCCUUUUUCGGCUUGAGGAGCGGGAAGCCCUGCGUCGCAAAGAGCAAUUGCUUUCGAGGUUCGGCGCUGCUCAGGCAGCUGAUGAGGCAAUGAGCGACGACGAGGUUCGCGAAGAAGACAACGAGAUGACACCGCGGUCGAUGUGGCAGGAUGACGCUGAGCGAGACACGGGUGUGCAGAGGAUGCUGCUGCUAGAAGAAUGCUACAUCAAUGCUUUGAACGCAGCCUGGGCCUUGGGAGUGCGGUCCGUUGCUCUCCCAUGUCUUGGCGCUGGCGUCGGACGGUUCCCGGUGUACAUCGCUGCUAGGUGUGCGGCCAGAGGCGUGGCGAGGUGGAUGUCGGAACACCGAGACUGUGAUGCAUGGGAAAACGCAGAGAGUGACAAGAGGGCCGAUUUUGACCGAAUUGUGUUUUGCACCUCGAGCGACGUCGAGUGGAAUGCGCUGAGGAGAGUCAUCCCACAGUUUCUUUCCUAA